AUGAAUUUAUCUAAUAUUGAUCUUUUGGAUCUGCCUAAUGAAAUAAUACUUAUCAUUUUGAGAAAAUUGAAUAAUAUUGAUGUUCUUUAUUCAUUAUUGGACAUUAAUAAUGGACGACUUGACAUUUUCGCGCAACAAAAAACGUUCACUAAUGUGCUCAAUUUCGUAAAUACUGAUAAUAUUUCUUUAAUUGAUCGAUUCUGCAUCUACAUAUUACCAAGAAUUCGUCACAAUAUCAAAUAUUUCAUACUUGAACCAGUUUUCAUGGAACGUAUUCUUCUUGCUGCCGUUUAUCCAAAUCUCACUGAACUUAAACUCUUCAAUUUCGAACAACAAAUUGCUUCAAAAUAUUUUACAGAUGAGUCGUCGGUGCGAUUUGUUUUCCAACAACAAAUUACCAGCCUUAUUCUUGUUAAUAAUGAUAAGAGCAGAAGGAUAGGUUCAUUGGAAGAGUAUACAAGAAAUGUAUAUGCGCACAUCUUGAAUUUCUUCAAAAAUUUAACACAUCUCAAUAUUAUUGGACCAUAUAUUAACUUAUGUCCAGGUCUAUCACUUUGUGGUUUACCGUCGACUACUUUUUACUCUAGAAUUUUGACUCAUUUAUGCGUCAUGGUAGAAACUUUUGAUGAUUGUCUUUAUUUACUUGAUGGUCGACUCGAGCAAUUGGCGACAUUUAAUGUUAAUGUUUAUUCCAUAGACAGAUCUUCAAUAAUUGUUCACAACACGGAUAGGUUACCUAAUCUGAAAUGUUUUUCAAUAAAAUCUUACUUUCAAUUUCAACAAUAUGAACGCAUACCAUCUCUUCUUCGUCGUAUGCCUUAUCUGAAACAUUUAACUUUAUAUCUUUGUAUAGAAGGUCGAAAUAGAAUCAUUGAUGGUACUUGUGUUCAAGAUGAUAUUCUUGUUUAUAUGCCACAACUUCAUUCAUUCACUUUCUUUAUUAGUACUUAUCUUGACAUUCGUGAUUUAUCUCUUAAUCUAUCUCGUCAACAUAUUCAACAAACAUUGAUAAAUAUCGGGCAACAAAAUGCGGCUACUAUCGUCAAUUAUCUUAGCAUAUACACACUUGAAUGCUCAAUUUUCUCAUUGCCUUCUGCAUUUGAUUAUCUGAGACAUCUUGGCAAUACAUUUCCAAAUAUUAUAUUUAAUUACGUUACAUAUUUACUUGUGAACGAUAAAGAUGGGUUUAAACAUGAAUUCUUCGUUCGAAUCGCCCGAUCGUUUCCAUUACUGAAGUAUUUACGUGUUUUCAAUAUCGAACCACAGGUGUCUGCUUAUAUGAAAUUAUCAUCUGACCAUAGUCAAUCGUAUUCAAUGAUUGAAUAUCCGCAUCUUACUUCACUUGAUGUGAACCAUGGUCAUGAAGAUUAUCUUGAACAAUUUUUAAAUGAAGCAAAGGCCUAUAUGCCUUGCCUAACCGAAUUGAAAGUGCAUUAUCAUCGCUUAAAAACUGUGACAAACAACUUUACAAGAGAAGAAACACGACGCAAUUGUGCUAAGGCGAAGCAAUUAUUUUUUUUUUGA